AGUAAACAUAAAUAUAGGUUGUUUAUUAUUUAACUUAUUUAAAUAUCGUAGCAAUAAGAAAUAAAACAUGCCUUCGUUUAGUGCCUUAACGUUAAUUUUGAUCUUGUGCCUUCAAAUAUACCAAAGCGUUUCCCUUGAAUGUUACGUUUGUCACGAUCAGGAGGAUAAUAAGGGCAAAUGCAUAAAUACAAUUAAAACUUGCGACUACGAGGAGGACGUAUGUUUAUCGGAGAUUAGUUGGGGCAGUACGCCUUAUUGGCAACAGGGCGCCCAAAAGCAAUAUUACAUAUCGAAACGGUGUGCUACGAAAGACAGUUGUGAGAAAUACAGAAGCAGUAAUAUGGCUACAUGUACUCACAUUUGGUACCAGGAUUGGAAAUGUUCGGAGUGCUGUAAGGGAGAUAAAUGCAACUAUUUCAUAAUCUCUGGAGCCACGACAAAUUAUUUGAGGAAUAAUGCAUUAAUAGUGAUGACGGCGCUGCCUUUUUUAAUAUACUUUAAAUAUUUGUAAUUGAAACCCAUAGUAAGUUCAAAUGCCAUGAGACUAUUCCAAAUAAUUUAUAAAUUUGGUACACUUGAUUUUGUAAUACCUAAGCAAAGGUAAAAUUCAUUUGAUUAGUAUUAGAUAUAUAUUUUGCCGUCCAUUUUGAUAUUUUGUGGGUAUUGUUUUACAAAUCUUUUAUAAAAAUAAGAUGAAAUAUUUAAUUGUUACGUUUUGUUAGUUUUUGUACCUAUCGAGAAUCUCAAAUUAUUAAUAUGUAAAUUUUUGUGUUAAUAUUUUAGCUUUAUGUAUUAAUAUGAAUAUUGUAUUCCGUCCAUUUGAAAUUAUUUUUAUGUGAACG